UUACGACGUAGUGCCUCCUUUCGACGAAGGUAUUUCAUGUUCAUUCAACCUUUCCCCAAAACGAAUUUAUUCGUUUAGUUGUAUCGGAGCGGUAAGUGCCAUCUGCAUCCUCUUCUUCUUUUGCCUCUCCAUUCUUUUCCGAAAUCUUGAAUUCUCUUGAGUGUGUCGCUAUGCUCUAGGAGCUUGUACAGUAUAUAUCUAAAAGAAUUGGACAAGUAUACUUCAGUUCUCUUUUAACCCUUUCGUUUUCCGCAGAAAAUUCUAUUUGCAAUCGUUCUUGGUUUCCUUUUUAUAGGCAAAUAAUUUUCUGGUUUUCUUGUCAUGCAUAGUAUCCUAAAAGUGAUUGUUUACUAGAUUGGUUCGGCUUAGUCCUGGUUGUAUUAAAAAAUUGACUUUCAUACAUAAAUGAUUUGUAUUCGUUUUGUUUAAUGACUAUAGAAUUGGCUUACAAUGGAUAACUUAUCUGGAAAGCCACCUUCCUCACCUAUAAACCCUCUUUCUGAAUCCGCUAAUUGUCCUCCUUUUCCUCAGAGUCGGAAAUCGAAAAAGAAGAAUGCUUUUCAGUCUGCGUUUCAUCGUUCAAAAGGUAAGCGUCCUCCAAGACUUACCGUUACCUCUGAAAUGUCUGAUGGUUCUCUAAACUCACCCUCCCUAUCCUCUCCAGGUUACGCCUUAGACUCAUCCUCGGAAUCGGAGCACCGUUCAGAUUUCAGCACAUCUAAAAACAUCUCAAAUCGUGUUUCUAGUGCGUUAAAGUUGUCGAUUCCUAAACGCUGGAAGCGCUCCUCAAAACCAAAUUCUCCUCAAUCUGCUUCAGCCCAUUUACCUACAGGGCUUCAUCAACAACAGCGUCACCGAGCUAAAACAUACUCACCUGAAAGAAAGAGUUUGUCCUUAAAUCACUCUUCGUCUUUUCCGACUCAGCCAUCAUCUAACAACGAGACACCUGCUCCCGUUACCGAUCUAUCAAACAUUUCACAACGUAGCACUCUAGAUGAACUGGCUGUUUCUACUCUCUCUAUCCUUCCAUUGCAAACUUCGAAAACAUCUUUCUUUGUAGGAUCACCUUCCCGUUCCUCCACGGAGUCAAAUGGCUCAUACAUAUUUCGCACCAAAUCUUCAAAUUCAUUUUCUUCUAGUUUGAGUAUCCCCAGCCAGACGUCCAAUCGGUCGGCAAAUUUUGAUGAACAUGGACCGUCUUCAUUACCGGAACCCAGUAAAUCAAGUCUAUCUGAUUACUCUUUACUGCCUAUUGAACAUGGGGAGACUCCUGCCGCUUUCUUAGAGCGGCUGCAAGCUUUUGUUCCUGCACGAUUUAUACCUGGACUUCUUUCACAGUCCAACCUCUCGUCUAUGAAAAUAGCUUUGCGAAGGUAUUUGUCUGACCUGCCUUUAAAAGAAAUAGCACUUGACAUGGCUCUUAGGAAGUUUCUUGCUCUUUUCGUUCUUCCUCAAGAAACCCAGCAAAUCGAUAGAGUCUUGAGUUCUUUUUCAGAUCAAUAUUACCAUUGCAACCCGUCGUUUUAUGAGUCCUCCGAUGAGUGUUAUAUUUUAACUUUCUCGUUGAUGAUUCUUCAUACAGAUUUUUACAACAUAAAUAAUCGUCAAAAGAUGACAAAAAGCGAAUUUAUUGCGAACACAAAUUUACCAAAUAUUAUGCCUGAAAUUUUAGAAUGCUUUUAUGAUAAUAUUACUUACACUCCGUUUGUUCAUGUUGAAGAAGAUCCUAAUUCGUUAAGCUCUCCUGCUGGUGAAAGAAGCAGUUUCUCUCAACGUUUUGGUGACUCUCAAUUUCGCUUUUCCAAGAGAAACCCACUUGCAACCGAAAGCCACUUUGUGGGAAUCGAGCAACAGCUUACCGGAUUUCGUCUUAAUUUACAGUCUAUCCUUAGUUAUGAUCAACUUGAUGGCAUUCCAGUUGCCGGUAGUUCGAUAUGUCCAAAUGCCAGAGAACAUUAUAAACAGUUUAUGAACGCCCCUUAUAUUCAAAUUGUCUCCCAUCGUUCUCAACCUCAAGCGUUUUCUUUUCAUUUUGCUCCCGAAACAGAAAGCGAAAGCACUAAUCCGGCCGUCGUGAACAUAAAAGUUGUCAAGCUUGGCAUAAUAGUUCAAAAUGAAAGGAUGCGAAAGGACAAGACAGUUUCCGGAAGAGAAGUUGGCGUAGUUUUGACAAGUUCCAAGCUGAUGUUUUUUAAGAAUACUUCGUGGGUAGAAGGUUUAAUUUCGCAGUUUCAUGAAUUUCAAAGCUCUACUAAAUCUCCUCCUCAUUAUUUUACUCCUUCUCUGACAUCUCUUGAUCCGGAUUAUAUAAUACCACUUUCAAAUUUGGUUGCUUUUCAUGAGAAGAAAAAUGACAAUGACGGUAGUUAUUCAUUUAUCAUCAAACAGAAAAACACCUCGACCUACAUGUUUUCUACUGGAUCAGAGCAUGAAAUGAACGACUGGAUAUAUAAAGUAAAUUUCGUUAGCGCCUUCGCCACUUCUGGAAUAGCUCCCAGAGAAAAGCUUUGUUGUGCAGAUCAAUCGGAUACUAGCGUCAAAGCUUCGGUGAGCGUUCUCCCGGAAAUUGAAGAAGACAAGGAGGCGAUGACGAAGGUGUCCCAUGAGACAGGAUCUGAAAUGUUAGAAUGCUCAAGACUUCGGAUUUUCAUUGUUCAGAAUAGAAUCUGUAAACUAGAAGAACGCCUGCGAGAAGUGGAGUCCAAAUUUAUCAAUGAGAAAGGAAACGUAGAUAAUUUGUUACGCAUGGCGCCAAUUCAAAGCCGUACGCGGGUCCGACUCGUUCGCGCCGCAAAUAAUCUGCGGAAGGUCUUGCGAAUGCAUAUAAUUGAAAUUUGCAAAUUAAAAUCUAGCAUUAAAAUUUUGAAGGAGGAUCUAGAGCUGGACAAUCAUUUACAAAAAUAUCUUCAUUCGGUUUUUCCUCCUCCAGCAAGCAAAGAAAGUUCGUCUAGUGUACUGUACCCUUUAGGAUAUGCCGGUGGUCGGACACUAUCAAAUGCUUCCAAACGAAGAAAUCAGUUAAGACUUGGAAACAAUUCGGAGUUGCAGAACUUACGAGCGAAAUCGUCUGAAUUAGAAGUGCCAAAUGCUGAUGUUCAAGACAGGGUCGAAGAUCCAGGUAGUCCAAAAGUUAAGCAAGAUAUAGUCACGUGCAACGGUCAACGGUUGAGCGUUGUGGAGGUCCCUGAUGAUUUUGUUCCUGAAAAUCUUGCUCAAGAAACCGUUCAGCCUGGAAGUUAAUUUAUGUGAACAAUAUGUAGACAACGGAUUCAUAGUAAAAAAACGAAGGCUCAUAAUGAUUUUAUUUAAUAGAAAAUUUUAAAUGAAGGUGCAACAUAAUUCUUUCAUUUAUUCUA